AUGGUCUUAAAGAAUGCUAAAGGUCCUCGGCCUUCGGUGCAUAUAGUCGCGCCGAUUCCAUCCAAACUAGCAUACUACGACAGUGGACAGCGAAUUAAAAAGAACGAAGACAAUGCCACUCUGCGUCUCUUCAUGCCCAUUCAGCCAUUUGAUGACAAGUAUGAGGAAGUGAAAGACAUCUCUUGUCGCACGGAUAUUGAUAAGGAAGCCAAUGCUCGCAAUGCAGCUAUGCGUGAAGUCUUUGAGAGCCCGUACGCUUGGAAGCGCCAUUUCCAGGGUUUCGACGCUAGGCUUGAGCAGGAGACUAGAUAUGAAAUGGGCAUUGAGGAAAUAAUCUCUAGGCGGCGUCUGAAUGUGGCCGAUUUUUCACCUAUGGAGUCACCUUACGUGCCUGGGAUUAUCUUGGUACUUGUCAAUGCCAUAGAGUCCCACUGUUUUCGUGAGAACUUCUGGGCUUGGAUGUUGUGUGAGUGGCUGCAAUUUCAUCAAGAGGCAGUAGAUCUACUCGGCCACUUGCUCUUCGUUCAUAAACAAGUACCAUUUCUCCAAAAUAUGUUAAGAGGAUUGAGUCCAGCCCUUCUAAUCAGAACCCUCCGCGUAUUUUUGAGUACCUUUUCCCCUAAAUUAAUCCAUCUCUUCAAGCGUGAUAUAGAAGCGAUCACCAAACGUCCCUUGUAUGAUCAGUUCAACCGACCCGACCCCAACAUCAGACUAAUCGUUCAGCAUGCUCUUCUGCCAUACAGCAGAACCGUAAUUGAUACAGCCGCCUUUCUAAUGCUGCAUAUUCAGCACUUCCUGCUUAUGCAUACUACGUCAAACUCUGAACGAGCUCUAAUAGCGAAGAUCUAUGGUCCUCUGUUAAUAAGCUUUUCAGAGAGGCCAGUUGCAAUAAAUAAAACGACCACUUUCGUCAGUGAGGAGGCGUCAUUGUUGGAGACAAUACUGGAGGUAUGCAACUCCAGCUUUUGGAAUCGUCUUGCAAUGCUGAAGAUCAGCUCAGCCUUUGAUAACAUGAAAAAACUUGCUGUAAAGUUGCCUAAUUUGAAGAAUUUGUCAUCAAUCGUGGGGAAAAUCUUUCAAGAGGAAUUUGGAAUUAGUAAUUUUGUCAGUGAACGCUACCUACCACGUCAUAAGAAGUAUCAAGACUUAAAAGGAAAGUGGAAUACACAUGUAGUCCGCCAACCCUUUAUUUUGGAUAAAGCCGACGAAAAUGAGCGGAAGACAAAGGAGGGCCAAGCGGAAACUCGACUCCGCAAGCCCAUUUCCGGAAGUUGCGUGAUUCAAAAAAACACAAAACCAGAUCCAUCGGUCCCAAAGGCUAAGGUUUUACCUGAGACGGAAGACUUUCACUUUAUUCCGAUUCGGUCCAACGAGGCCAUCCUUCGGGACAUUCAGAAAGUGCGUUUACAGAAUGCUUUACAGCCGACCAAAGAACUUCUCAAACCAAUACUUGCUGCCCCAGAAUUAUCAUCUCUUACUAAUGAUUAUGCAGACCAUAUUUUGUGA